AUGCAUGUCGCAUUACAUUUUGAAACUUAUUCAGACAUUUUUAAAUUUCUUCAAGUUAGUAAAACUUGUAAAGAAGCAAUUGAACGACUAAAAAUUAAUCCAUGGUUUGCUAGUAGUGAAAGUGUUAUUAAAUUUUGUACAAAUUUUAAUCCUGAAACAAUGAAUUGUUUAUCUUAUUGUUUCUUUUCUAAACAACUAUUUAACAAAGUCUCAAAUAUAAGAAAUCCAAUGUUUAAUAGUAUUUUAAAAUCUAAUAUAAAUGACAUUACAUCAAUACUACCAAAAGUUUAUCAUAUAUCAUUGUAUUAUACAGAUGAAUCUGAAACCCAUCCUGAAUCAAGAAUGCCUGAAGAAACAUCUCAAUUUUUUAUUGAGAAUGCUCAACAAUUUAAUAACUUAAGAUGUGUCAGAGGAGACAUUGAAUUAGUUAUUGCAUUUUUCAAAAAAUUUACUGACAAUGGUAGUCAAAUGUUUGUUCACUUUCCAACAAGAGUUGAAUUAUUUAAUUUAGUCAAAAGAAGUAGUUCUACAGAACAAAAUUUGAUUAGUCAAAUAAAGAAGUACCUUCCUCAUAAUGGCAUGACUCAAAUAGAAUAUACAACUAAUACCCAUGUUAAAUCAAAAGAAGAAUUAAAAUGUUUUGAUGGAAUUGAGUAUCAUUAUACUGCUUUUAGUGAUAAUCAAUGUGAAUUUAUGAGUGAAGCAAUUGAAUGUGAUGAAGGAAAAAUUGAUAUUAAAGGUACACUUAAUUGUAAUAGAUUUAAUUCUAUUAUAGAAAAAUGUUAUGCAGAUAUUAUUAAACUUCAUUUUGAAAAACCAUUUGAACAAGAAGAAGGAGAUGUGUUUAAAAGAAAAAAAUAUGAUAAUUGGAAUAUACCAAAAUGUGUAUUAACACUAGAACUAACACUUAAUUUUGAAUAUCAAUCAGAUGACUAUUAUUUAAUGCCAAUUAACAUGGAUUAUCUUCAAAUAUUAACAUUAAAUGAAUGUGGGAAUAUUUCAUUUGAAGGGGAUUAUCCAUUAUUAAGAGAAGUGAAUAUUUUAGGAAGUCAUGACAUUCAAUUCAUUGGUAAAGAUAAAACAAUAAACAUUAUUGAAAUUGCUAUUGAAGGUUGUAGUUAUUGUUCUAUUGAAUUAAAAUUUAGUCCAAUCGAAUCAGUUAUAUUACAAGAUGUUGAAGAGGUAACAAUGAACAUUAAAGUGGACUCUCUAAAAGAAUUUGUUAUAAUGGCAAGUAGGAAUUGUUACUUUAAUCCAGUUUCAUUCAAAGAUGUAUUUGUUCAAAUAGAAGAAUGUUCAGAAAUUAGCUUUUAUAACAUUGAUAAAAUAAAUCAAUUACCAGAAGAUCAAGACAUAGACGAAGAAGAUUUAAUUUCUCCAUUACAAUAUUGUGGAGUUGAUUAUACAAAAUUCCAAGAAAUAAUUCAAAGUUGUAUCUUUUUACCAUCACUACAAUUAUUUACCAAAAUGAGUUCUAAUAGUUACAAUAAACUAUUCCAAGUAAGAUGGUUUUAUGUAAGUUGUUCAAGAGUUCAAUCUCGUGGACCUGAAAUUCGAUUAAAAAAACAAGUAAGUUCAUGGUUAAUCAAUACUCUAUUUUCAAGUAAUUUUUAUAAUAAAGAAGAUGAUCGUAAGAAUAUGUAUUUAGUAUUUCCAAAUGGUACUGAAAAAGUUGUUGAUUCUUCUAUCAGAUAUUUUGAAGUGACAGUACAACACCAGUCAUUAAUGUCUAUUGGUAUAAUUCACUCAACAAAAUUUGAAUAUGAUGAAACAGAGUAUAUUGGUAAUAUCAAAUAUUCUAUUGGAUAUAUGAAUGAUAGUGGAAAUGUUUAUGAAGGUGAUCAUAAAAUCGCUUGUUCAUUCAAACCAUAUGGUUUAUAUGAUGGAAAUAAAAAUGUUAUUGGAUGUGGUUUUAAUUCAAUUACUCAUGAAGUCUUUUUUACUUGUGAUGGAAUAAAAGGUUAUACCAAAAAGAUUGACUGGGAAGGGAUUGAUGCGGCAAUAUCACUUAGCUUAUUUAAGGAACUACAUAUCAAUUAUGGACAAGAACCAUUUGUUUACAAUAUUUAUAAUGAGUAUCAAAUUGGUUCUUGUUUAGUGGUAUAA